AUGUCCUGCAAAUCUACCCUGAGGGGCCAAGGCAGCAGCCACCGAAGCUUCAGCACCAGCUCAGCCAGAGGCCCUGGGCUCAGCCGCUCUGGCUUCAGCAGCGUGUCCGUGUGCCGCACCAGGGGCAGCGGGGGCAGCGGGGCAGUGUGUGGAGGAGCUGGCUUUGGCAGCAGGAGCCUCUAUGGCUUGGGAGGCUCCAGGAGAAUCUCCAUGGGAGUCAGCAGCUGUGGCAUCGGAGGAGGAUAUGGCAGCCGAGUGGGAGGCAGCUUUGGAGGAGUGGGCAGUGGAUUUGGUUUUGGCGGUGGAGCUGGUGCUGGCCUUGGGUUCGGUGGUGGAGCUGGCUUAGGUGGUGGCUAUGGGGGCGCUGGCUUCCCUGUGUGCCCCCCUGGAGGCAUCCAAGAGGUCACCAUCAACCAGAGCCUCCUCACUCCUCUGAACUUGCAAAUCGACCCCACCAUCCAGAGGGUGAGGACCGAGGAGCGCGAGCAAAUCAAGACCCUCAACAACAAGUUCGCCUCCUUCAUCGACAAGGUGCGCUUCCUGGAGCAGCAGAACAAGGUCCUGGACACAAAGUGGACUCUGCUGCAGGAGCAGGGCACCAAGACCGUCAGGCAGAACCUGGAACCUUUGUUCGAGCAGUACAUCAACAACCUCCGCAGGCAGCUGGACAGCAUCACUGCAGAGAGAGGCCGCCUGGACUCGGAGCUGAGGAGCAUGCAGGACACCGUGGAGGACUUCAAGAACAAAUAUGAAGAUGAAAUCAACAAGCGCACAGCAGCAGAGAAUGAAUUUGUGACCCUGAAGAAGGAUGUAGAUGCUGCCUACAUGACUAAGACUGAACUGCAAGCCAGGCUCGACAGUCUUGUAGAUGAGAUCAACUUCCUGAGAGCCUUCUAUGAGGCGGAACUGUCACAGAUGCAAACUCACAUCUCGGACACAUCUGUGGUCCUGUCCAUGGACAACAACCGCAACCUGGACCUGGACAGCAUCAUCGCUGAGGUCAGGGCCCAAUACGAGGAGAUAGCUCAGAGGAGCCGAGCUGAGGCUGAAUCCUGGUAUCAGACCAAGUAUGAGGAGCUCCAGGUGACAGCGGGCAGGCAUGGGGACGACCUGCGCAACACCAAGCAGGAGAUUGCAGAGAUGAACCGCAUGAUCCAGAGGCUGAGAUCUGAGAUCGACCACGUGAAGAAGCAGGGUGCCAGCCUGCAGUCCGCCAUCGCUGAUGCGGAGCAGCGUGGGGAGAUGGCCCUCAAGGAUGCCAGGGGCAAGCUGGAAGGACUGGAAGACGCCCUGCAGAAGGCCAAGCAGGACAUGGCCAGGCUGCUGAAGGAGUACCAGGAGCUCAUGAAUGUCAAGCUGGCCCUGGAUGUGGAGAUCGCCACCUACAGGAAGCUGCUGGAGGGCGAGGAGUGCAGGCUGAACGGUGAAGGCGUUGGACCAGUCAACAUCUCUGUGGUGCAGUCCACCAUGUCCAGCGGCUAUGGCAGUGCCAGUGGUGCCAGCAGUGGCUUGGGCCUGGGUGGAGGCAGCAGUUACUCCUACAGCAGUAGCCAUGGCCUUGGAGGUGGCUUCAGUUCUGGCAGUGGCAGAGGCGUCGCAAGCGGACUCAGCUCCACCGGGGGCAGCUCCUCCACCAUCAAGUACACCACCACCACCUCCUCCAGCAGGAAGAGCUACCGGCACUGAAGUCCUGCUGCUGGUCCCCAGUGCCCUCUGCCUGCAGAGCCCUCUGCUCAGGUGCUAGUCCUCUGCUGGCCUCCCAACUCUGCUCUCUACUUGGAGCUGAGGAGACCACAUGUCCUCGUUGUUCCUCUGUCUACACUUGUCCCUCCUGUGUCCCCAUUGCUUUCAUCAUGAUUCAGUCACAUUUGGUGCUUCAAGUUGUCUCUAGAUUACCAGCACAUGCCUCCCCAGUCCUAUUCCUGAGGCUCACCGUGAAAGGGCAUCCCUGCCCCUUUCAUUCUAGAAACCAC